GGCCAGUAUGCCACGGAGCCGCGCAGCAGCAGCCCCGCGCUGCCCCCGAGCCGCCCGGCGCCCCCAUGGGAUCAGAGCGGAUGGAGAUGCGCAAACGGCAGAUGUCUACGACCCAAGAGAUCCCAGGUGCUGCACAGGCUCCGCUCAGCACAGGAAAUCAAGGGUCCAAUGCCUGCUGCUUUUGUUGGUGCUGCUGCUGCAGCUGCUCAUGUCUUACUGUUAGAAAUCAAGAGGAAGAGAGAGCAAGGAGGACAUCUCAUGAACUGCAAGCAGAGGGUAUUCCAAACUGUGAGGAAAGCCCUGCUCCUACUCUUGAAGAAGUAAAUGCCUGGGCUCAAUCAUUUGACAAGUUGAUGCUUACUCCAGCUGGCAGAAAUGCUUUUCGUGAAUUUCUACGAACAGAAUUCAGCGAGGAAAACAUGCUUUUCUGGAUGGCCUGUGAGGAACUGAAACAAGAAUCCAACAAAAGUGUCAUUGAAGAAAAAGCAAGACUAAUUUAUGAAGAUUAUAUUUCUAUCCUUUCUCCAAAAGAGGUCAGUCUGGACUCCAGAGUAAGAGAAGUCAUUAACCGAAAUAUGCUGGAACCCUCACAACAUACCUUUGAUGACGCACAGCUUCAAAUUUAUACCUUAAUGCACAGAGACUCCUACCCACGGUUUAUGAACUCUGCUAUUUAUAAGGACUUGCUUCAGUCCUUAUCUGAAAAAUCCAUUGAAGCAUAGAAUUUUUUUCUUAAAUGUAUUUAUUUUAAAACAAACAGAACUCUGGGCUACAUCAAUCCACAGGGAAUUUAAAAUUAAUCAGAUAUUUACCUGAAAAUAACUCAGGCAAGUUUUACUACAGACUGAAUGAUUUAAACCCGCACAAGGCUCUUUCACAAUCAGCUAACUACAAUUUCUGAUCAAAUUCAAUGUGUCUUUGCAAAAGAGAAUGAAGAGAAUGAUGAGAAAGUGUUGUUCAAAAACUGCAGUAUUUCUUUUUCUUCAAACACAGCAUGCAAUUCAGAAGCAAAACUGUUAGCAGCAUAUGUCUGAGGCACAAAUACCAAGUGAGCACGAAGACAUUUUAUUUAUAAGUGGACUGUUAGAAUUUUCUGGAAAACUAAACCAGUUGCCCCAUCCACAGUGUGCCCCAAGGGAAAAGAGUACUGUCAAUAUCUGGGUUACAUGAGACAAAGUUUCACAUACACCUGGCUUAUGUAUGGUCCACUUCUCUUGGUAUAUUUAAUGAGUAUACAGUGCAAUAAUGGAAAUUGGUAUGGCAAUCUCAAGUUUAUGGAAGAUAAUGGUUAAAAUCAUGCUGCCUACAAAAGUCUUUUGCUGAAGAAUUGUUAUUUUACUAUUAGAGUCUGCUGAAUGCAUUUUUAAGUUCAUACUGUUGAUGUUUAUAAAGUUAAAUUAUUUGCUCAAGAGGAAGAAGAGUCUGGGCAUUUAAAUUCCAAAACAAAGCACAAGAGUUC